UCCAGCUGGCUGCCUCCCUGGGAAUGUAAUCCAUAUGUGAGCGCGAGUUCAGCUGAAGGAAUAAGAAAAGAUAUUACCCGCAAAGAAGUGAUUGUUUCUGUUUUUCUUGUUUAAAUUCCACUCAUUCUGGCCUCUGGACCCUAGCUCUGGUUCAACAGCCGACACAAAAAGAGAGGUAUAGUGUGGAGAAGGACAAAGUGAGAGUUGAGAGAAAGUUAGAGAGGAUAAAAACGAAGGCAAAAGGAACAGUAGAGAACAAUAUACCGAUUAGGGACUUGAGAGAAGAAUGAAAGAGGACACGCAGGAGGAAGGCGUAGUGAGUCAAAAUGACCCUAACGGAACAGCUGGACACCAGCAAGUGAUCCAGACACAUCUAGAAGAGAACGGACCUUUGAAACCCUUUCUAAAAUGCACUUAUCUCUGUCAAGAUCCCACUCUCCUUCGCAUCAAUGGCACACGUACACCCAAAAGAGCCGCCAUGUUUGGGAAGCGCUCCAACUCCAUGCGGCGCAACCCCAACGCUGAGGUGGCCCAGCAGGGUUGGCUUCACAAACAGGCAAGCAGUGGUAUGAAACAGUGGAACAAGCGCUGGUUCGUGCUGACAGAUCGAUGUCUUUUCUACUAUAAAGACGAGAAGGAAGAAGUAGUCUUGGGCAGCCUUCCUCUUCUCAGCUUCAAGAUUGGACCAGUCCAGGCAUCAGACAACAUCAACCGCAAGUUUGCCUUUAAGGUGUGGUGCGAAACCAGCAAAGAGGAGGAGGAGGAGGAAGAAGAAAGUGAGGAUUUAAAGGGCAGUAUUGCGUUCUGUUUGCAGGUUGAGCACACAGGAAUUCGUACAUACUUCUUCAGUGCAGACAGCCAGAAGGAGCAGGAGGAGUGGAUCCAAGCCAUGAGUGAGGCUGCCAGGGUCCACAUCCCGGCCACAUCCAGAAAUAGGUCUGAGCAUGUCCCUACAGCAGAACAAAACGACAUGGUAGCCAAACAUCUCGAGCCCAACUCUCAUGCAGAGAAUGGCCAGAGGCCAGAUGUCCACGAGCCUGUCAAACACGAGUUUAACGGCGUAGAAACCAGAGACACCAUUCCCAGUACCCCAGUGACCCCAGUUACCCCUAAUAUAGAGGGCAGGAUGGGGGAGAAAGGAGGCCUGGCACCCCAUCACCCCAACGGCUGGGGUAGCUAUGGUCCUCCCAACGGUUCAAGAUACCAGUCCCAAGAGAACGUGAGGGACAUGCGGGAGCCAGAUGAGGAGAAUAUUAUGAUGCAGAGGGGCUUUGUGCCUAGGACGGUGCCGGAGAGACUUGCCCAGAGGAAGAGCUCCAUGACGCAGCUGCAGCAGUGGGUCAACCAGCGGCGGGCCAUAGUGACUCAAGACGACGGCUGCAGUCCAUCCAGGUACCACACAGUAAACCGCGCUAUGUCAGCAGACUAUUACGGUGUGUACAGCGGCCCUCCGUAUGUGGAUGACUAUCCCCUCUACCCACCUGGUGUGCGACCUGAGAGCAUCUGCUCCAUGUCGGCUGCAUACAACCGACCACCGCCUCGCUGGACCAUGGAAGAGAGGAGGCGAUCAUUGCGAGACGGACCCUUAUAUGGUCAACCUCGAGACCCUCAGUGGAUGAUGGGACCCCAGGGUCCUGCCUAUUACCCCCAGUUAGACUCAGCACAGAACUCUAUGAGACGGCUUUCCGUACAGCCACGCUCACGGUCGGUCCCUCGUUCGCCCUCCUCUUCAUCAGGAGGACCCUAUUCUCCACACAGCUUCGCCUCACCUGCCCGAUCGCCCAGCGCCAGGUUUGAUCGGGGACCCGGACGACUCAGAGAGGAGGGUAUAUAUGCUGACCCCUCAGUCUACGGGCUCCGCAGGUCACUGAGCUCACCUAAGUAUGAUUUCCCUGGAGAUCGUCGCUCUUACAGUCAAGGAAUGUACCACUACAACUACCCAGCAUCCCCUUCGGUCCAUAGUAAAAUGGAGGACAUUUUAGAUGUGCAGCUUCAGAGGAACCUGGAGUACCUAGAUCAGCAGGUGCCUCCAUUCCAUGAUGUGUACGGUGACCUACAUCCCACACUGAAGCUUAAUGAGAUUGAGACCAGUAAACUACUGGGCUGCUUGUGUGAGCAGAAUCGACUUGUGAAAGAGCAGGAGACUGUAGUUCACCAUUUGCGAAUGGAAAAGGACAGUCUAGAGGGGGUGCUGGUGGCCACGCAUCAGGAGAUGGAGCUGUACAGGAGCCAGCCGCUGGCCAUGGAGAAACUUCAACUGAAGAAGGAGAGUCUACAAAACAAGCUGAUUAACAUCAGAGGAGAGCUGUCUCAGGCCUCCAAUGCCCUGACCACCACCCGUAUGGAGUUUGAGGUACUAGAGGAUGAAGUAAACAGCAUCCACGGGGACCUGUGGGAGCAGCUGAAUGCUGGAGGGCAGAGUGAGUUGGUACACAGGCACAUUCAGAAGGAGUUCUGGAGGGUUCAGGAUGUUUUGGAGGGGCUGCACAAGAACAACCUAUCUCGUGGCACGGAUACGGCCAAGCACAGAGCCAGUGGAGCAUCCGGCUCCUUCAGCACAAACAGUCCUGCAAGUCCCUUGAGUUCAGUGAGUCUGACGAGUCCUCUCAGCCCCUUCUCUCCUGUCACUGGCUCUCAGGCCUCUCCCACCAAACAGCUGGCCACAGAGGUAUUUCACACAGCAUUAUUCUUCAAUGAAAGAAGAAAAAAGGGAUACAUUACAUUUAAAUCAUGGUUUACAUUUAUAAUUGACUUUUUCUUUGCAGUCGGGAUUGUUCCACCCAGGACCAAGUCGCCAUCAGAAAACAAGACCAAUUCUGAUGGCGUCCAAUGGAGAAAUGGGAAGGUGUCCAAUGGUCAUAUUUCCAGAGAGAGACCAAAGAGUGCAGUGUUCCCCGCAGAGGUAAAGUCUAAAAUGACUGUGGAGGAACAGAAUGAGAGGAUACGAAGAAACCAGAGCAACUCAGUCAGAGACAAAAGGCGCAGCCUCAACCUCUCCAGCAACCAGAACAUUGAUGGCUUCAAAUCUUCUGCUAACUACAGAGUGGUGCGGAGGAGAGUAACGGCUGAUGAGGUGGAUAUUAAGGAUCUUGAGGCGGCCGUGAGGGGAGAAGGUAUGGAGUCACCCAGGGAAGAAAUUGCUCGUCUGCGACGACAGGUGGAACCUGAACACUAUGACCUGGAUCUCAACAAAGAGUUGUCCAUGCCGGACAAAGUCCUGAUCCCUGAGCGAUACUUGGACAUUGAGCCCAGUACACCACUCAGCCCAGAAGAGCUGCGGGAAAAACAGAAGAAAGUUGAAAGAAUCAAGACACUGAUUGCCAAAUCUAACCUGCAAAAUGUGGUGCCGGUGUUGGACGGGCCAGUGGAGGGACCCAGUAACCCAGAGCUGCAGCUUCAUGAGCAGGAGAAACGCAUCGAGAUUUCCUGCGCUCUGGCGGCCGAGGCCUCCCGCCGUAGCCGGCUGCUCUCCGCACAGUGCGUCCCCAGUCCCCCUGCCUCCCCAACCAGCCUGGUCCCUCCCCCUUCUGCUGACUACUCUGACUCUUCCCACAUCAUGAAGGUGUGAAGCUCAAGCUCUUGCAGCUGUCAAAUUUGACGGUGAGCCCUUCUGAGUGUCCAGCAGACAAAGAAAAGAUGGAAAAAAACACUGAACACCAAGAACGUUUUGUUUUGCCUCCGCCAAACAUUGUAUUUCUUUCGAUUACUUACACAACACCAUGCAGAGAAAUAUUUCAAAAUGUUUGGAUGUCUGCAGAGGGCUGUUCACGAGCGAGGCAAUCUGCCCCCACAUCUCCUCACAAUCCUCAUUCGGAGUGCGUAACCCACGGCAGAACUACGUAAUUCAAUUAAUCAGCUGUUUUGACUUGAUUUCGGAAGAUGGGAGUCAUAUUACAAAAGCUACAAACUAGCCAGGAGUGGACGAUGUUUACAGAUUCAUAUCUACUCUCAGUCACAUCACUGACUGGAGUACAUACAGCAAAUUCAUACUACAAAUGCUGGGUACAGCUGCUCAGGGUGGAUUCUUGCGACAGGAAGGAGCAUGACAGAGACCGAGAUGCGACCAGAGGAAAAUAGCCAUGUUUGAGGAAGUUGUAAAAACCAGACCAGGGACUACAGCAAAGUUGUCAAAGGGCAGUUUAUCUGUAAGUCAUCAGAAGAGUGAUUUGGAACUGCUAGUAUGAUAAUUAUCUGUGUUCAGAACACUAGCCGCAAUCAACCCCCGAGGAUUUAUGAACACAACUCAGUAGGAGCUUGGAACAGUCGUAGACUGUGGAUGAAUCCGCUGUUGUCUUGAUCCAAAGGAUGUUGAUGAUGCAAGAAAACUUGGCAUUGGGCACUUCCCCUCCAUCAACUUUAAGGCCAGACUCACUGUGACUCCUCCUGGCCUCCUCUUUUCCCACCGUCCUUUCUAGUUUCAAAAUAGGGCUUGAGAACCCUCUUCCCGUCAACAUUGCAGUCACUCAAACCAUUGUCAGGCCUUUAAGUACCGUGUGUAUCUAUAAAUAAAGCAUAUAUAUUGAUAUGACUAUUACUCUAAUCUUUGCAUCAAAGCCAUGUGGACUCAUCAUAGUGCUUUUACUGCUAGGACAGUACCAAAUAUUGGUACCUAAAUACUUGUGAGUGUGUGUGUUAGAUUAAUAAGAUGAGAAAGCAGAAACAUUGGAAGUGUCCUUAGAGUUGUAAAUCUUCUUGUUGAAACAACGCGUGUUCAUGCGAGGCCAGCAACUUGCAUUACAGCCUGUAUAUACAGAUGUUAAAUUAUGUAACCUGUUGCCCCAACAGAAUAUCAAAGCCCUUAUUUGUGAUCGUUGUGCCAUUUGGAGAUUCAUUUGGCUGUUUCUUUUCUGCUGUGGCACAGUUUUUGUGUAAAUAUAGAUUAACAUGGAAUUAAAUGGAACAAUAUUUUGGAUUAUUUUUCUAUCACAGGUAAUUACCUCUGUAAUCAAGCAGCUUGAUUAUAAUUUAUCGUAAAGUAAAGAACAAUUUGCCAAACCAUAUAAAUCUCCUGUUUUGUACUUUGAGGUGAUCGUUCCCAAUAUCGAAACCUCUAAAAUGCCAUGCAAGUUGUUAGCCCAUUCUAUGCUUUCUGCUUGUCUUUAUUUUUAUUUAUUUUUUUUACAUGAAAUUACUCUGUUUUUGGUCUAGCUCUUGACUAAACACUGGCCUCAGCUUGUGUAUGAUCUGUUUUGUGAGAAUUUGUUUGACGAAACUGUCAUGUCAUAUUUAUUUCUCUGCAAAGUCACAGAAAUCAUGUUGUUCUUAUUCCAAAAAACAAAACAAAAAAACAACCAACCAAAAACCUGAAUCAUGCUAAAAAAACAGUAUGAGAUCUGGGAAAGAGAAAAAACGUUCCAGAGAAGCAAAUUAUUCAUCAUCAUUUUUAAGCAAAAACAGCCCUGAAUGGGAAGACAGAGAUCUAUUUUUUAUCCUUUUUCAGAAAGAGAAAAACAAGAUCAGUGCAUCGCAUAUUUUUAUAUGAAUAAAAUGAGGUUUAAUUGGUUACAUUUGUAAAAUGAUUAAAGAGAGUUUUGAUCUGAUAUAUUAUGGAGAUACUGAUCAAGGCUGAUAUAUUUUUAAUUUAUUGACCUAAACUUUACAGCAUCCUUUUGAAGGCCUUGUUUAAAAGUCAUUUUUAAGUGUUAUUUUGUACGUAAUUGGACAAAAUGGUCAAAGUUGCAGUUGGACAGUCAAAGCAGAGAUGUCUAAUAUUAGAUUU